UCUCAAAGCACCACCAUGCGCGACUACACAGAUGUGCUCACGCAAGCAUGCGGCCUGAUGGCAGAAAUACAAGAACACGUGCGCGCCUUCGACCCCGCAGCACUGGCGUUUGUGCCUCCCGUCAUCGACAACUCGACUGGCAACAAUUGGCGUGGAGAGGAGACGCAGGGGAUGAGGAAGUUUAUCGACGUGAUCGAGCACCACGCAACGUCCUUUGAAGCGCUUGCAGCGUCAGGGGAGCCGCCCCGCGAGGACCCCCUUCCCAUCGCCCUUGGGCUGGCCACGAGCUGGAAGCAGGUCGUGCUUGCGAGAGGGCCGAUCCCAGCCGUCCGCAUGCAGAUCCAGGUGCCGGGCCAGAACGGUAUCAAGAGCCGGUUAGGCAGCCGGUCGUCGAGCUCGAGUCCUGCGCCGUCAACCAACGGCCCCCGGCGCCCACGCGAGGCGUUUGUGGACGUUGUGGCCCGCGGAGGCGCCGAGUGGAUCAGAAUCUACAGCAAGAAGACCAACCAGAUCAUGGCCGAGUUCCGCGAGCAAGACUCGUACCUCAACUCUGAUGACGAGACCGACGAUGAUGAGGAGGGCCACACGCAACCAGCGUUGACCAACUCGAUCAUCCGCCUUGUCGACGACCUCCUCGCGCUCGCCGAAGACGUCGAGCGCGUGCCCGGCGCCCCGGCGCCAAAGCUCACCCUCCGCCUCUCGCGCAUAGCCGAGUUCCCCGAAGGCGGGCACCCCGACCCGCGCGUGCCGGCGACCUUCCAGGCGAUUCGGGACCGGGGCGUCAACCUCGUGUUCGGCGACCUGUCCGAGGUGCCGUUCUCGUCCCUCCCGAUCGGGGCGAGGCCGGCGCCAAAGCUCCGCCCGUCGCGCCGCCUCAACCUCGACCCCACUGCGCUCAUGGGGCUCUGCUCAGACCUGCUGCACUACCCCCUCCCGGCAGACGAGGAGGAGGCUCGCUCCCGCUUCUUCCGCCCGGCCGAGUUUGUCGGCGACGACGACCCGGCUAGCCAGAGCCAGAACUCGCGCGAGCUCGUCCGCGCCGUCAUGGAGGAGUGCGAGGCACCACUGAUAGAGGUGAUUCGCGAUGUCCUGUCCACUACCGACUCGGACGACCCCGACCCGACCGCGCCGAUCGAGCUCUGGGCAACGAGCCAGGCGGUGCAGUACCUCCGUGAGACGAUUGCGAGCGAGGACGUUGUCGGUGACGGCGGUGAGCAGCGCCGCAUGCGUCGUCUUACCGGGCUGGAAGAAGGCGAUUUCUGGGAGGGAUCAAGAUACGAGGGCAAGGCGGGAAUCCUGACCGAUAUCAAACUGCACAUCUUUGACGAGGAAGUCGACCCGGCGAGCGCUAUCGAGAAGCUUGACCUCAACGGUGGCUCGUCAACAACACCAUCAACAUCAUCAUCGCCCCCACUCUGCCGCGCGGGCAUGACAUCGUUCCACAACUCUAUUUCAUCAAUCUGCACGACCUUCGUGUCCGAGUACUAUGCGCACGAGGCGCAUGGCGCGGAGGCCGCCCCAGCCCUACCCUCGUUCCUUAACCCUCGCCGACUUCCAGCCCCGCGCGUCGCACAGAUCUCGACGCCGUUCACAGUCGUCAGCCUCGACUCGCUUGCGCGCGGCGCACGCGAAGGCAUGACGACGCUGAGCAUGGGGCACGUCGUGUUCCGCGAGCUGUUUGGCCAGCCGCGCUGGCGCCUCAAGGGCUGGGCGCAGGGAAACUACGACCUCGAAGAUGCCGACGGCGCGGCGUCGCUCCACGCCGCCGCCUGGAUCCUGCCGUACCGCUCGCUCUCAGAGGGCAAGCGCGUCAAGUUUGCAGAGGGCAAUUUUGCCUACCCGACGUUUGUGCAGCGCGUGCCGAGGAGCGCGGCGUGCAAGGCUGCUGCGGCGGCAGCAGAGGCGGCGGCCGCAUCAGGCGAGACCACGCCUGUGUAA